GUCGCAAGUUGCCAAGCAUGGCGGGCGGCGUGCAGUGCGGCUUGCGUGUUCGAAAGGUGCGUCGCCACCGGGCUGACCUUCCCGUUACUACAAGUGCACGAGAACGAGCGCAUCGAUGCUCGCUUUAGAUGAUCGGACACGCGGGCGGCAAGGACGACCUCGCCAACGUCGAUCAUAUGAUCGCCGGCGCGAUCAGCGGGUUCGUCACGCGUUUCCUUUGCCAGCCGUUCGAUGUCGUGAAGAUCCGAUUCCAGCUACAGCUGGACCCCAUCAAGGCGUCCCACCCGACUGCCAAGUACACUGGAGUAUGGCGCGGGACACUGCGUAUUCUCCGCGAGGAAGGCGUCAACGCCUUCUGGAAAGGACAUGUGCCCGCUCAGAUGCUCUCCGUCGUCUACGGUGGCGUUCAGUUCUCCUCCUGGGAAUACCUGACGCGUCAGCUUGAGACGGGCCUUGGACCCGACCGGGGACAGCAGUGGCACAACAGCAUCAACUUCACGUGCGGCUUUGCUUCAGGCUGCAUCAGCACCGCAGUGGCGCACCCUUUUGAUGUCAUACGCACCCGCCUUGUCGCACAGAUGGAACCCAAGACUUACCGUUCCAUAGGGCAGGCGGUGAGCUGCAUGUGGCGGCAGGAGGGCCCCACAGCCUUCUACCGUGGCCUGCUGCCCACCCUUCUGCAGAUUGGGCCCCUGUCGGGAUUCCAGUUUGGUUUCUACUUCUUCUUCGUCAACCUCUGGGAGCUGCUGCUCCACCCCGAGAGCCACGUGACUGGUAUGAGCCAGAGUGUGGCCUGCGGAGCCCUUUCUGGCUUUGUGUCCAAGACGCUCGUCUACCCCCUGGAUCUCAUCAAGAAGAGGCUGCAAGUGCAAGGUUUCACGGCGCAGGGCAUGCAGUUUGGACGCUACACAGGCUUCGUCCACUGCAUACGCUGCAUCAUGAUGCAAGAGGGCGUGCAGGGCUACUUCAAGGGCUACAUGCCCAGCGCCCUCAAGUCCAUGGCCACCACCUCUUGCUACUUCGCCUCGUACGAGGCCGCCUGCGAGAUGCUUCGGCUGCGGCAAGGCAGCAUCGCUGGGGGAAGUGACGGCUGAGCCUUUCCCUUGGUGACGCCUUCCAUAGACCUCUGGAAGCCUCCCCAUCUUUCUCCAUUGUGCGUGUGAGGGUUUGCUGCAACAAUAUGAUUGUGCAGAAGAGUAGUGACCGUUUGUGCUUCCUCCUCCGCACUCCUUCCUGCAUUUUGCAUUCGGCGUAGGCCCCGUGUCAGCGCUAGGCAUCCUUGCCUACCGAGUGUCGCAUGAAUGGUAGUUGACUUCCACUCAAAUUUCGCGCAGGCGUUGCGUUUCACAGUGGGUUCAGAUUAAUACUACAUUUCCGAGCAUUAUAUGCUUGUUUCAUUCGCAGUAAAGCCUAAAUGCGUGUCAUCUGCAGCGACACAAUAAAAGUAAAUGACAUUUUCACUGAAGCAAAAUGGUGGCACCGUCACCCCUAAGGUGAAGUGCACCUUUCACAACAGCAGUGACAGAUGACAGCACUGUUUUGUUUGCAAGAACUUGAUUUUCCUUUAGCGGCGUCAUUGCAGACAACAUACAUUUCAAGCUUACCGUGCAAAUAAUGCUUACAAACGUGGUAUUAAACUGAACCCACUGCGAAAUGCUACAUCUCUGCAAAAUAGGAGUGCAAAUCUGCUAGCAGUUCAGCUGCGCAAGUCUUGUAUACACAUCUGUGUAACAAUUUGUGGCAUUAUGCAACUUGCAGAGGUCCUUUGUUGCUACUUAGUGCUGAUGACCGAUGUGAAAAGGCUUAUGAAAGAUUUGAUAGUCAAGGUAAUGGUGAGAAUAAUUGUAGGGUAUUGAUUGUGUUGGGGUAAGUGAUAGUGCCUUUCCUUCAUGCCUGUGAUUUGUUUCGGAUAUGUUUUUUGGAUUAUAUGGAUUUAGUUUUCGACAUGAGGGUUGAGCACCAGAAAGAUUUAUGUAAUGAAGGAACUUGAAACCAUUGAGCAAUUUUUUUUCUUGAACUGAACAUCACAGUGAUGUGAGGACAAAUCUGUAUUUGUGUUUUUGUCCUCGCUAGUCAGUUGCAUUUGAAGAGGCAAGCAGUUGCGACAGGUUUAUGGAAUACAUCCUUACCAAACGUUACACCAUGUUCGAUUGUGUAACAUUAGGAUACCACUUCUUUCCUUGGCACUUGAAAUUAUGCGUAAUAGAUAUUGAACUACACUAUGUGUGGACAAUGCAGCUCCAUGUUGCGUUGCUUUGUUACACUGUCUUGCGGUGUGUCACACAAUGCUAAACAUUGCUCGCUAGCUCAACACUGAUCUCUUGUAUUUAAAAAUCAAUUAUAUCAUGGAUACCAUUGGUCUGUGUAGCUUUUGAGUUUUCCAUUUGUCAUGUUUCAGUUUACUAAAGCUCCUUCCCUGUUCCUUGUACAAAUCUGAGGGCCUGGAAGGAGAUGCAGUGCAUUAUGCAUGUAAGCUCAAUGAGAGAAUUGCAUCACGCUUUAGUUACUGUCUUUCUAUAUAUUGGGCAAUACAGCCAAACCAGUUAUUGCUGGUAAAACUACCAUUUGUAUGCUAGCAAAGAUAAUGUAAGACUGCAGUACCAUGAUGGCUACGUAGCGUCACGAGGCCUCUGAGUGGCUCUAAUCUAUUGUAUGUUGGGGCCAUCUAGUCCAUAAUGAAUUUAGAAAUGUUUUCACAAACACUUUGUGUUGUCAUCGCCACAUUUAAGACCGUAAUGUGGAAGGUGCGUGCAGAACUUACUACCAGUAUAGAUAGUAAUAUUUGUAUACUGACAGAAAGAUAUAUUUGGCCUUCAUGAAUUUGCCAACUUCAGUGGCUUGUGCUCAGUCAGAAACUAUUUUGUGUGUUGAGCGUCUUGCGGACACACCUUUCGUAGUGUGUAAAUCUCAAGCGAAUGUUUCAGUUUGAAUUAUGUACGGUGAGAAUCGGUUAUUAGUCAUGUGGCACAUAGUGGGCCUGCAUUAUGUUCACUGCAUGAUGUGGUAGCGUGUUUUAUGGAUGGCAAUGUUCUUUGUGUUACAUGUGUUUUUGAUUGCCAGCUCUUAGACACGUACUUGCUGUUACUAUGAAGGUCAGAGACGUUGGUGUGGUUUUGGUAGCCGGAAGUAUGGCCAAACUCGGCUCAUUACCUAAAUGAUGGGUGGAAACAUAGUUUUUCACAGUCCUGAAGUAUUGCAUGUUGUUUGUUUCUAUAACUGUGUAAGGACAAAGUUUAGGAAGAAAAGAAAGCUGUUUAAAAUCUUUGAAAGCCAAAAAAAAGAAAAGAAACACGGGAAUUGAUAGCAGCACCAGAAGCUGUUGCGUCACACAGAGUUCACUGUGGGUGUAAGCAUUUCAAAAAUUGUUCGCAGUUUAGAUGCAUGGAAACAACAAAUUCAUGCAGUUCUUGUUUCUUUUUCUUUUUUGGCACAAUGCCUCUUGCCAAAUAUGGGUACCAAAGAUCUGCGCACAUCUUUCGUGGUUUUCGGUGUUGGUGCACGUCUGCUUGAUGCACCUGGUCAACUUUUGCCUUUAUGCAGGCCUUUAUGCCUCAUCGCAGCAUCAGCAAUAAGAUAUGCAGAAAGCUUGUAGCUUAGCUGUUGGCAUCCUGCAUGUUCACAGGCCAUCCAUUCUGGUGGUACGUCUUGCUCGAGUGUAGGCAUUGUACAGAAGAAUGCUCAGUGUAAAAGAGAACGACGAUGGUAUGGACGGAACGACAGAGUUGAAAAGGACUGGAAUCUCCAGUUGGCUCUAAACAGUGUUGUUUGAGUCAUAUCUUCGCACGCUCUUUGUCUUUCAUAACUCUCUGGCGGGUCGAUGUUGUUGGGUUGUUGCGUGUCUGAACCCGACACCUGUUGUGCCGUUACGGUGCUCUGUCAAGCUGUAAAUCUGCUCCGAUGUUAGUUCUCGUGUGCGCAUUUCAUUGCAGUUUGUAUACUGGCAGAAACACAUAUUUGUGCUUCAUUUUAUUUGCCAACUUCAAUGGGUUGUACUCGGUCAGGAACUGUUUCGUGUGUCACGAGUCUUGCAGACACACCUUCCAUAGUGUAAAUCAUUUCAUUGCAUUUGCCUGUCAGGCUCAGCUAAGUGCUGUUGGAGGAUCAACCCAGCACUGACAGCUGGUGCAGUGAAUGGGUCUAGUGCAGCCACAAUAAACUGUGAUAGCAUGUAUGCAUGUAGGUAGCAGCAGAUACUGUACAGGUCGGGCUUUUUGUGUUGUAAAGGCCACUUUUGAGUGCUCCAACACAACAAAAGCUUGCAUAUCACUAACGCUGUUGCAAUAAAUGCUUAGAGGAAUGUUUGUUUUCAAUU